CCUCUCCCUCUCCCUCUCUCAGUGAUUGUCAUAUCUCUAAUAGCUACAUCAAAUAGCUCCCACAUCAAUCUCAUAAUCAUCACGCCUCUACUUUCCUCAAUAGUACUACCUCUCUCUCUCUCUCUCUCUCUCUCUCUACGUUUUAAAACACUAAAAUUCUCUUUCUCAAAUGUCUAUAAACCAUUUCUCCACAGACCUUCAAGAAACACUCAGCUGGUGGGCACAGCAACAUCAACAACAACAACCCAUCAUGGAACCAAACCCAAACGCGUCUUCCUCUACACCAAACGAACCCCCAAAUAUUUCAAACCCCAAUUCUUCCUGGCCUCCCCAUCACUCCUGGCUUAACCCUUACAAUCCAGCUCAACAACCCUCCUCCAUGUUCCUUCCUCAAAACCCAACGCUCAAUUUCAAUCUCAACGAAGAAGACGAUGAAGAUCAAGACCAUGAACAGCAGCAGCAAGAUGAAACACAACAAGGACAAGAAGUACUAGUACUAGAUAAAGAACCCAUGUUUGAGAAACCCUUAACACCAAGUGAUGUAGGAAAACUAAACCGUUUAGUAAUACCAAAACAACAUGCAGAGAGGUACUUUCCACUUAGUGGUGACUCAGCGGAUAAAGGGUUGUUACUGAGUUUUGAAGACGAGUCCGGCAGGUAUUGGAAGUUCAGGUACUCAUAUUGGAACAGUAGUCAAAGCUAUGUAUUGACUAAAGGGUGGAGUAGAUAUGUGAAAGAGAAACAACUUGAUGCAGGUGAUGUCGUUUUGUUUGAACGACACCGUACGGAUGGUGACAGAUUGUUCAUAGGGUGGAGGAGGAGAGGUGAGAGUGGCAGUAACAGUGGGGUGAUGAUGCAGGGUAGUGGUGGUGGGGUGUGGAGCAGAGGAAUAUAUCCAUCAUCAUCUUCUGGGCCUCAUCAUCUUUCUAGUAGUAAUAUACAACAUGGCCUUGGGGCUAAUGUGACAGCUGCUAAUGUGCCAUACCAACCUUACUGUCUCCAUGCAGGGUCCAUUGCACAGAACCAAACAACACCGCUUGGGAACUCAAAGAGACUCAGGUUAUUUGGGGUGAACUUGGAGUGCCAGCUUGAUGGGUCCGAGCCAUCAACACCUGAUGGUUCAUCUGCGUCCAGCCUGCAGGGUCCCGGCCACCCGCAAUUCUACUCUCAAUCUUCAUAUUCAUCAAACAGUACUCGUGAUCAAAUGGAUAUGCCUUUCUCCGGAGAUGUCCACCGGAUGAGAAAUCGCCGAGAGUAAGAUCUGUGGAUGUGACAUCCCUGGAUUUGACGUCAUUGAAAACCCCCCCCCCCCCCCCCCCCCCACUUGGAAGUUGGAACUAGAAGGUCAAAAAAUAUUACCAUGAAAAAGCAAAUAGUAUAUUGUUUUGUAUUUUCUUUAUUAAAGAAAAGAAGAAAUAUCCCUCUAUUUCAGGUGCACAUUUCAAGCCAGGUAGGGGGGGCAAAUUGGAGGAUAUUAGGGAUUUCUGGAUUCGGAGUGGAGUGGGGAGGGAAAAAUAUACUCUGAAGUCUGAACACAGACCACUACUAGAGAUAGGAGGGGGGGAUGGGAGGUGGGGCCCAAAGGGCCAAUGCUGACAUCAGAAACGCCGAAGGGGAAAAAAAAUAAAAUUGUGGGGUGGUUUCCGAUUGAGAAAUCGGGGGGGUAUCUAUUUGGGCACUGUUGAGAUUCUGCCUGAAGAUUUUUCAUAGCUGCUCAUUAUCAUAAUAAUGGGAGGGUAUGGUGGUGGGUGGGUGGUUUUGAAUAGAUGGAUGGCAGCCCAGUAGUACUAUACUAGCCCACUCUUCUCUCUUUCUCCCUCUCUCUCUUUCUCAAUUUUUUUUUUUAAUCUUCACAUCAAUCCAAGCUGUUUUUGAUGCUCCACGUAGUGAGAGGCUAAGAGAGACAGAAAGAGCAUUAAUUUUCUUUCUAUCUUCAUUCAAAAUCUGAGGAUUAUAAUUUAUUGCCAGUCUGGGGAAAUGCUAUUAGAAUUCUGUGAAAUGUUGGUUUCUAUUGUGAUUUGAACAUGUUGAAGAAGAACCAGGAGUGAGUUGACAAGAAACAAGCUAGGAGUAACAAAUUCGCCAGGGUAGCAAGAACAUGUUCAGUUGCAGAGAAGUAGUGGAAGAGGACAAGGUUCAUAAAAAGUAGUCAAACCUACACAGUUUUAUAAGCACAUGCAAGAGAGAUUUCAAAGGGAAUUUAAUUAUAAGAAUCAUGCUUGUCCAAUGAUUGGAUUACGCAAACAAAGGCAACUAUCUUUUGCUCUCCCACUUAUACAUACACUCGACUCAAAUUUCAGUAUCAAAUUAACAAGAUUUUCUAAGGAUUCAAUUACAUAGAGAAGCUAUCA